AUGAGAAGUUACUAUUAUGAUACACCAGAAAAGAUAGUGAGUGUUGAAGACCUCAAAGCUAUCAAUAUCCUCUACUUUCCAAUGAACAUGGAAGGAUACGUCGAGCAAUUGAACAACAUCUGUGAAACUAGAGGCUACAAAAAUAGAGAUGAAGUUAAACUCAACAAAGAUACACCAAACUUGGAGGAUAAACUAAAGAUCUUCUUUGAAGAACAUUUACAUGAUGAUGAAGAAAUUAGAUUCAUUUUAGAUGGUUGUGGAUUCUUUGAUGUUAGAGAUGGUAAUGAUCAAUGGAUUAGAAUUAGAGUUGAAAAGGGUGAUUUGAUUAUUGUUCCUGCAAAUAUGUACCAUAGAUUCGCUUUGGAUGAAAAUAGAUAUGUUCAUGCUAUGAGAUUAUUUACUGAUGCUCCUAAAUGGGUUCCAAUCAAUAGAAAUAAAGUCGCUGCCAACUAA